AUGGAGGAGACAGGUGCGUCCACUGCCGCUGGGUCCAAGGCAGGCAAAGGGCCCAGAGCGUGCGCUACAUGCGCGCGAGCAAAGGCUAGGUGUAUUCCGGGGCCCAGGAGUCAGGAGAAGUGCGAGCGAUGCCACCGGCUGCGCAAGCCAUGCUCCUCGCAAAUCCCGGCACCACCGCGCAAGCGUAAAGGGCCGAAGCCCACCCGCGUAGCCGAACUCGAGCGGCGCCUAGAGGACCUUUCGGCCCGCAUUGAGUUUGUCCAACGCCAGGGGCAGGAAGCGCCAAGCCCACCAGAAUCGGAAGCAGCUGGUGCUUGUCACCCGCCCCAGUCCUCCGAGGAUCAUCGUCCGUGGGAAAAACAAGCCGGGCCGUGUCCCCCUUAUGUUUCGAAGAAGCCGCGAUGGGCUCCUUUCAAACACCUCUUCCCCAAGGAGAGCAUUUUUGAGGCUUCCGGAGAUCAGCAGCAGCAGCCAGUCGCUGACAAUAUAGAUGUAACAGCAGCACAAAAGGUCUUAUCUCUGCCACAAGUCCCGGCUGCCUCCCCUGUGCAGGCACCAACGUCAACAGCAAUUCAUUCUGUAGGGACCAUAUUCCAGCCACCACAGCAGCGUGCGGAAAACCUUUGGCCUCAGGGAGACGAGGCAGAAAGCAUGUUGGCUGAGUAUAAGACGCACAUGGGACAUUUGAACCCGUUUGCCAUUGUACCCCCUCGCAUGUCAUCGGCCCAGUUGAGGGAGCAUAGGCCCUUCUUUUGGAAGGCCAUCAUGAUGCAGGCGUGCCUCUUCGACGGGGCACGGCAGAUUGCGCUUGGUGAAGAUUUAUUGAGGGAUAUCUCUGAGACUGCCUUUUUGAGGCCACGAAAAAGCCUCGAUUUGUUGCAGGGGCUGCAGAUUCUCAUCUGCUGGUACCAUUACAACCUGAACAAGUUUCAAAUGACAAACCUCCUCUUUUUGGCGCGGUCAAUCACGACUAGUCUGGUUUUCCCCGAUCCAGGAGUCGUUUCGGAUAAGGACGGCUACACCUCCGAGUCUCUGGAGCAAAUGCGGGCAUUUGCCGGCACCUACUAUCUCAUCACUGUGACCUUCACGGCUAACAAGAAGCCCGACGCGCUCAUGAACACGUCGUAUCUGACAACCUGCUGCCGGGCCCUUCAUAGUCAGAUGCAGUACCCAACAGAUGAACUCGUCGUCCACCUCGUCCGAACAGCACAGCUGUCCCAAAGUAUAGUACAAGCGUUUGUGCGGCGCAGCACCUCCCCAUGUAAGAGCCAAACAUCAAAGGCGGCCUUUAUCCAAGGUAUGCGGGAGCGUAUCCGGACUUUCGCCGCCGGUUUGCCUCCACAGAUUAGGGUCAACCCAUCUCUCGUAGGCCACCUUCAGGUUGUCGAGAUCAUCCUAUACGAACACAACAUACCGGAGCUUUCCGCCUGCCCCUUAUCCUGGAUCUACAGUAACCAACAUUCUCUGGCCCCUUGUCCAACGACCAAUCCCGAUCCGCGAGACGUCGAAUUGCUGUGGGCCUGUGUGCGCGCAGUGCUUGACUUUUUGGACAAUCGCGCGGCACAUCAAAUGGGAGAGUACCCGCGCUUCGUGUGCAUGUCGUCGUUUGAUUUGACCUAUGUGCUCCUGACGAUGUUAAAGUUGGUAACACUGCAGUUCCCGGGCUGGGAUACGGCGAGGGUGAAGGAGGAGUUGCGGUUCGAUGAAUUCAUGGUGAAGCUGGAGCGAGAUAUGGAUUAUAUCGCCGAGAAACGGAGGCGGAAAUCCGGGCACAUAAGUCGAAGUGAGAGCAGCCCUGGCACGCAGAAUGAUGGACAGGGAAAGGCGGCACUUGAAGAUCCCUUUGCCAAAGUGGGGCGCAAGAUACGAAGCUUAAGGGAACAGCUCAGUAAUUUCGGCGUCAACAGUGUCUGCGGUCCCCGUCAGACAGCGCAGGUUUCGGACUGUGAUUCAAUGCCCAUGACGAUAGCGGACGCGACACAAGACCUGAUGCAAGACCUCGGGGGUGGCCUCUGGCAAGACGCCAUGAACAGUGUGCCGGAUUGGAGCGCUUUCCUCUCCGGUGAGCCGAUUGAUUGGACUACGGUGCUUUUGGGCUACGAUAUGGCCGAACCGGGAUACAUACAAUAA